CCGGGCAGCCAGGCGGAGACCCAGGCAGGCAGGCCAGGAGGAGGCUGCGCCCGGGAACCAGGCGGAGGGCCAGACCGGCCCAGCGCCGCCUCUCCCCCUCCUCCCUUCGCCGUAGCGGCAGCCUCCUCCUCGGUCUCGGUCUGUUGCUGCUGCUGCUCGGGAUGCGCGGCUGCCUGGUGCUUCGGGGGCAGGAGCAGGAGGCGCAGCAGGGCCGGGCGAGGGGCUCCUCCCGGGCGGGGAAGGCCUAGCCCCGGUCCCUCCCUCCGCCUCCUCGGCAGCCAAGAAGAUGAUGAUGAGGAGGAUGACGAUGGCAGACAAGACCCAGGCCCAGCAGCCGCCUCCGCCGCCCGAUCCCCCCGCGGGAGGAACAGGGGCAGGCCCCGGGGCCUCGGCGUCGGGGGUCCCUUCCUCCUUUUCCUCCUCCUCCUCCUCGCCGUCCUCGUCGGCGCCCUCCGCCCCUGCGCCCCCCGCGGCCGCCCCUGCCCCUGGCUCUCCGCCGGGGCCCCCCGCUCUGCUGCCGGCGCUGGUUCCGGGGCUGCAGGGCAGCGAGGCCUCGGCCCUGCAGCACAAGAUCAAGAGCUCCAUCUGCAAAACUGUACAAUCGAAAGUGGACUGCAUUUUGCAAGAAGUUGAGAAGUUUACAGAUUUACAGAAACUCUACCUCUACCUUCAACUGCCUUCUGGUCCCAGCAAUGGAGAAAAAAGUGAUCAGCUGUCGGUGUCAUCCAGCCGCGCCCAACAGGUGCAUGCCUUCUCCUGGAUCCGGAACACCUUAGAGGAGCAUCCCGAGACGUCCCUCCCAAAGCAGGAGGUCUAUGAUGAGUACAAGAGCUAUUGUGACAAUCUUGGCUACCACCCAUUAAGUGCUGCUGAUUUUGGGAAGAUCAUGAAAAAUGUCUUUCCCAACAUGAAGGCUCGACGCCUGGGCACACGAGGCAAAUCGAAAUAUUGCUAUAGUGGACUUCGGAAGAAAGCAUUUGUGCAGAUGCCAACGCUUCCCAAUCUGGACUUCCAUAAAACAGGAGAUGGGCUGGAUGGGACGGAGUCUUCUGGACACCUGCAGAGUGCGGACGAGGAGGUGGUCUCGGCCGCCUGCCAGCUGGUGUGCGAGUGGGCCCAAAAGGUCCUCAGCCAGCCCUUUGACACGGUCCUGGAUUUGUCCCGUUUCUUGGUGAAGAGCCACUAUAUUGGCACAAAAUCGAUGGCUGCUUUGACAGUAAUGGCAGGGGCCCCAGCAGGAAUCAAAGGGAUCCCACCGCCUUCUGCUUUCAUCCCUACUGCGGAGAGCCAUUCCUUCCAGCCCCAGAUGAAGACCCUGCCCUCCCCCAUUGAUGCCAAGCAGCAGCUGCAGCGCAAGAUCCAGAAGAAGCAGCAAGAGCAGAAACUCCAGUCGCCUUUGCCCGGAGAGUCCCCCAGCAAGAAGGCUGAGGGCACUGCCGGUCACGGGGUGGCAGCAGCAAGCCUUUCGAAUGGCAGCCCAGCCAUCUUGUCUCCUCAGCCCAUUGGCAUCGUCGUGGCUGCUGUUCCCAGCCCCAUCACGGUGCCAAGGACCCGGCAGCUGGUGACUUCGCCUAGUCCCGUGGGCUCAUCUGAUGGCAAAGUCCUUCCACUCAAUGUCCAAGUGGUCACUCAGCAUAUGCAGUCGGUCAAGCAGUCACCAAAGACCCCUCAGAAUGUUCCCGCCAGCCCUGUGGGUGACCGUUCUGCCCGCCAUCGCUAUCCCCAGAUCCUGCCCAAGCCGGCCAGCAGCAGCGCGCUCACCAUCCGCUCCCCAACAACAGUGCUGUUCACAAGCAGCCCAAUCAAGACUGUGGUUCCUGCGCAGCACAUGAAUGUGGUCAAGAUGACCACCAUCUCGCUCACUCCGAGCAGCAGUAGCACACCAGUCAAACAUUCAGCUCCAGUUACAAGUUCAGGCACUCCUGAAGAGUUGAGGACUGUCCCACAGAUUAAGAAUGGGUCUGUUGUUUCCCUUCAGUCUCCAGGAUCCAAAGCCAGUGGUGGAGGCUUAGCUGCUGCAGCAUCAUUAAUAGAAGUCAAGAUGGAGCCGGAGGUGGCAUUAGACGAGAGUCUGUUGCAGAGCCAAGAGAACCCAGAUGCUGCUAAAGCUGUAAAAGUUGUCCCAAGUGUGUCUGUUGGUCAGCAGAGGAGAGAGGAAGCAGAGCCCUGGAAAGUUCAGGCCGAAGAGGGUCUUGGAGAAGCCAAAGGCCUUCAGGGCUGUGAGCUUAGAGCAGAGGAUUCGGGGAAGAAAUGUCUGUCCCAGCCCAGUGAACUGCUUCCGGCCACUCCACCAAGGGCCAGUCUAAGCACAUUCCCGGCCUUGCUGGUGACUCAGAACUUGUCUGGCCCCAGCAUGAGCUCGCCUCCCAGUAAUGACAAACUGUACACAAAAAGCCCAAGGAAGAGGCUGCCUUCUAUCUUUGAAGACACUCAGGGGCCUCCAGUCAAGAAGCUCUCAGUGGGGCAGGUCCCUGCGGUGAGUGCAGAAGCCCCCAAAGCCAGCGGCAUCAAGAAAGUGUCACCGAGGGUGGUGACUCUGGCUAAGAGCGAUGGUCCAGCCACUGUCUUGCAGGUGCCUGGCAAGGUCAUGAUCAAAGUCCAUUCAGCCUCCUCAAGCAACUUGGUGACCUCCUGUCCCCUGGAUGCCGAUAUCCUUAUCAGGACUGGCAGCGCUGCUCUUGGGCAGCAGCUGGCAGCUGCUACAUCUCCGGACGUCAAAGUCAAGUUGGAAGGAAAUGUCUUUGUCUUAGAAAAUGCCUCUAAGGCAGAUGGCAGCUUUAACUCCAACGUGUGGCAGCAUCUCACAAAAACCUCCACAUUUACACCUCUGAACUGCGAGCAGCCGCAGAUGCCUCAGCAGCCACAGUCCAAACAGCCAUCACUGUCACUGCAGGAGGAAGAAGAGGAGGAGGAGGAGGAGGAGGAGAUCAGUGUUAUGACCCUUGUGGGACACACUGGCACCGAGAACUUGCCAAAGUCAGUCUGGGAGCCAGUGCACUUUGAAGGACUCCAGCCACAGCCAGCAGCCCCACUGCAACAGUCCCAGCAGUCUCAGCUGCAGCUGCAGCAGGAGGAAGAGGGAGUGGCUGCGUAUGGCCAGCCGCUGCAGAGCCAGGGCCACAAUCCUCCCUCGCUUGAGCAGCAGCUCCAGGAACAGGCUUCUGGUCAGUUGGUUCUGCAGCCAGAGCUUAAAGAAUUUGAGGAGGCGGCCUCCCAGUCUGAGAACUUCUUCUCGUUUGACGACGACCUGACGCAGGACAGCAUUGUGGAGGAACUCGUGCUGAUGGAGGAGCAGAUGUCCAUGGGAAACUCCCACCUGUAUGGAACCUCCCUGGGCAUGGCCCUUCAGAACCAAGGGGCCUCUGCGCAGGUGGCAGCCAUGCCCUCUGCCCACACAGGCAGCAGCCACUUCUACCACCUCAUCCACAACCGUGGCACUCCCGUUCAUACCCCCACGCCCACCCCUACUCCCACACCCACACCCACACCCACAUCGGAAAUCAUCGCCAGCUCGCAAGGUGUGUCGCGGGAGAGUCCAUGCUCCAGGAUAGCCCAGACGACCCCUGUCGACAGCGCUCUUGGAAGCAGCCGGCACACACCCAUCGGCACGCCACAUUCCAACUGCAGCAGCAGUGUCCCCCCGAGCCCCGUGGAGUGCCGGAACCCCUUUGCUUUCACGCCUAUCAGCUCCAGCAUGGCCUACCAUGAUGCCAGCAUAAUCUCCAGUAGCCCAGUGAAACCCAUGCAGCGGCCAAUGGCCACCCACCCCGACAAGACCAAGCUGGAGUGGAUGAAUGCCGGCUACGGAGGCAUGAGCCACCCCUCGGUCUCUAGCCACGGCAUUCUCCCGAGCUACCAGGAGUUGGUGGAGGACCGCUUCAGGAAGCCGCAUGCCUUUGCCGUCCCUGGCCAGUCAUACCAGUCUCAGGCACGACACCAUGAUAUGCAUUUUGGCCGCGUGACCCCCGUCUCGCCCGUCAGCAGCAGCAGCAACAACAGUGGCAACAAGCAAGAAGGUUUUGCUGUCCCUGCUCCUCUCGACAACAAAGGAGCCGGUUCCUCUCAUAACAUCAAUUUCCGGUGCCGGAGUGUCAGUCCCGCCGUGCACCGCCAGCGCAAUCUGAGCGGGAACACAGCCUGCCCUGUUACCAGUGUGUUGCACUCUGGUGUGACUUCGACAACGCCGACACCAUUCGGGAGCCCCAUGCCGCCAGAGACCCACAGCCCCUUUGCAAACCCCAUCACAGACACCAGUGCCAAUGCCCUUGCCCAGAGGAGCCAGUCCGUCCCUCUGACCGUCAUGAUGCAGACGGCUGUUCUGCCUCCCCAGAAGCAGGCCAACUCUAAAAAGAUUACAAAUGUCUUGCUGAGCAAGCUUGAUUCAGACAAUGAUGACGCGGUGAGGGGCCUGGGAAUAAACAAUCUUCCUUCCAAUUACACUGCCAGGAUGAACCUGACACAGAUCCUAGAGACCUCGGCUGGGUUUCCGAGUGCCAACGCCCAGAACUUGCUCAAUCCCAGCCCUUCAGAUUUUGACUUCCAGACACCCAGUUACCUCACCAAAGAGAGAGACGGGGACGAUGGUGGGGGCGAUGGUGGUGGCUGCGAUCCAUUGGUGUUUGCUUCAGGAGAGCACCAAGCACAAUCGGAGGCUGGGGAGGGGCAGAUAGAUUUCAGCAGCACCGUGAAAGAGCUUCUGGAAGAGGACAGCCUGCAGCCCAGCCAGCAGCUGGUCAGCCAGGUGGCCUCCGAUCUCAGCAGCGUCACCUCUGUCUUCUCCAGUGACAUCAGGUUGACUUCAGAGCUGUCCGGCAGCAUCAAUGACCUGAACGCGCUGGACGCCAAUCUGCUCUUUGACCCAGCUCAUCAGCAGGGCCAGGAUGACGAGGCCACAUUGGAAGAACUAAAGAACGAUCCCUUGUUCCAACAGAUCUGCAACGAGUCUAUUAACUCCAUGACUUCAGCAGGUUUUGACUGGAUGGAUAGCAAGGACCAUCCUGCUGUUGAAAUGUUGGGUUGACUUGUUUUUUAAACAAGAAAAGAAACAGACAGAAAAAGAAAUAUAUAAAAUAUGUAUGUAGCACACUGUAUCUAAAAGACAGGCGUAUUGUAUUUGUCUUAAUGGAAGUGCCUCCUGCAGCAGAAACACUCUCUAUGACUUAAUUGUGGCAUUAGGGGGGGGGGGGAAAUAUUGCUCUACCAGCUGCUUUAUUCUUCAGCAGGGAAUAUACAAUCUUACCAAUUUUAAAGACAUUUCUGAAGGAUACAGCUUGAUCCAGAGCCAGUAUUAGAUUUUAAAAUUUUACUUACUGAAAAGCAUUUCUUGUAGCAAAAGGAAGAGGGAGGAAAAGGAGAAAGAAGGAAGACAUGGACAAUGAAUAUUCAGAGUACUGUCUCAGUUUAGCAAGUCUAAAUUCGGCAUGAAAGGGUGCAUCCCCCUGCACUGUGGGACUAGCCCAGAUUCCCCCCUCCCCCCAAUUGCAGUUAGUUUUUCUGCAUGUGCCCUGAUGCCAUGGCUUAACUAGGGCAGGACUUCUAGAUAGACAUGAUCAAGCCCCUCCAGUGUGUGGGGGGUUGCCAAAUGGGAAGUGCUGUCUGCACCUAGGUAUGUGCAACGGCCUCUUGCCCACGCUGGCCUACCUAUGGCUCUAGAGAGCAUACAGGGCCUGGAGCAGAUAGGAAGAAGCAUGCAGAUGGAAUGGAGGGACUGGCCCUGGGGGCUCAGGCCUGAGUAGGUGCGCAUAAGCACCGAUUGCAAAGUUGGCAGACAGACCCUCAGUUGCUGCUCCCAAAUGUUCCCAGGGUCCAUAUCACCUAUAGGUGUUUCUGUGCUAGAACAACCACACCAGAGGGGUGCAUGCCAGUGGACAGUUGCUCUGUGUGGCUAUAGUUGAUGGUGUGAAAGAAAGUCGGGUAUGAAAACUCGAUGAGACACCAAUACAUUUUUAAAAAUCACAAUCAAGGGCUAAUAGGGGGAAGGACAGCAGUAGCAGCUGAUAAGAGGUACUAAGGAAGGAGAAUGAAACACUAACAUUUCUACAAGGAAACAAAAAGAACUUUUUAGCUUUCUUUAGUUAUAUGUAUGUCCACAAGCUCAUCUUAAAAGUAUUGUCAGUUCUUAACUUUUAAACAUUGGUUUUAAUAUCUUUGAUUAAGGAGAAUGAGUUCUAAGCUUUCAGUUUGCAUUCCACGCCACUGCAUGGCUGUCCUUGUAGCACUUGCAGGAGUGUGUUUUUUUUGUUUUUGAAAAUAUUUGUCAGUGUUAGAUCAGGGGAAGUUAAGGUCAGAGUUUCUCCAGCCCACCCACCCCUGCAAACAUCCAAGAGCAGAGGGGCAACUCCCUCCUCAGUGCUAUGCAACUAGCCAGCUCUUUCCUGAAGAGCUGAUGGAAAGGAUGAAGAAAGGAUGAGGCGCCUUGGCACAUGAUGCUGCAAGGCAAAUUUCCAUAGAGCCAUGGGCAGGGGACAUUUGUCACCUGGCCCAAUACAGGACAGGUCAUACCCUCCAUACUCUUCUUCCUAGGCCUUUGGCCCUGUGGAAAUCAAUCGGAGUGUGUAUGUGGGCAGAGGCUAGCCUGCUCCUUCCCUUGCCUCCUUUUGCCUGACUUCUGUCCAUUGCAAGAGAGGAGGUUUCUCUUUCCCCAGAGGAUCAUGCCCUUUGGCUGCUUAUGGAAGGAUAAUGAAAGAAGCAACAGACAAGGUUAACCACCUAGGGCCUUAAUUCAUGCAGAGGACUCUUUGCCCUGCUUGCCCCCAGCUUUGGCCAGAGCCCUGGACUCAGAGGGGCUUGGGCACUUCCUGCCCCAUGGGUAUUCCAGGUGGGCAACACCUCGGUUGCAUUGCUUCAGCUUUGAACCAGGUCUCGGUUUCCAUCUGUAAAAAUGUCUGCAAGGCAGGGGAAGCAGCAUCUUGCUGUGGAAAGAGAUGAGGAAAGAAUGACAAAUGUCUCCUGUCCAUGAGAUGUGGCAAAUAACACCCCUUCCCCAUUUGUGCCAAUCCUGAUGGAUGGCAAUAAGCCACGUCUGUUGGGAGGGUUCAGGUAAAGGGGCUUCAAGAAAGCUCUCUCUCUCUCUUUAGUGCACGUCUUUCUGUGGAGCAGAUUUUCCACCAGGUUCUUCCAUGUCCUGUCAUUCAAGGUGCUAGAAUCACAUUGCCUCUCACUCAGGAGGCCUGAUGCCACGCCAGACCUUAACCUCUGAGUCCCAUUGCCCUCUUGAAAGGCUGCUGGUUAUGGGGCUGCCAGUGGCUGCCAACCCUCGAGCUCAGUUAGUCCAAGCAGAGAGGGAGGCUGGGGCCUUGGUGCAGGGAAGGGAGCUCUAGGCCCAGCCAGGGACACCCCCCCCCAUUCUUCCUCUUCCUUUCAGUGGAGGGGCCUCAGCCACCCAAAGCAGCAGCAGCAGCCGCAGGGUGACCAGACGACCCAUAGGUCAGUUUUGAGGAGAGACUUAGGUCGCCUUUAGGGAGUGUGGCUGUUUUCUGAGAUUCGUUUUGUUACCUCUCUGUGUAUCCAUGUCUCUUAACCUUAAAGACUCCAAAUGAUCUGGGGUUUCAGCUUGGGUUCAGGGGUGGUGGGGGCCACCAUAGGAGCUGCCCAGGCAAGUUGGGCACCUCUUAAUCUUUCUGCCCACCUGCCCUGGGAGGCUGACUUGAUGGUGCCCAGUGAUCAGAUUCUGUCAGUUUUAAAAGUGAAAGCUUUCAAACCCUCUUGUGACCACUCUUCUAAAGUCUUUUUAAAACAUUUUUAAAAUGCCUCCUUAGACCUGAGCCAGGGGACUCCUCCUUUGGUUUCAUUUUGCAACCUGCUAGCAAAUUUCAGGAUGUGAUUUUAAAGCAAAUGCUGUGAGUGUGGUGGGUUUCCUGGCCUAGGGGAAGUGGAAACCUUUUCCUCACAACCCUCUUGGUGCUAGGGCUGGGCUGGGGGCCCUGGCAGGGGUCUCUUGGUGCCUGUUUUGGGGGGGGGGGGAACUCCCCUUGUGUGGCGGUGUUACCAGCAGCCUGUUGGCAGGAUCCCUGCUCUCUUUCUUCCCUCUGGUGUGGAAGCCUCCUCUUGGCCGCCUUUCUCCACACCCAAGUAUGCAGUUCCCAUUGUGGGGAGGGGAGCCCCUUUCUGCCGGAUAGCACCCCACAACUGUGACCCCUCUGACCCCCUCCCUGCCACAAAGUUCACCUUCUUGGCUUCCUCUGAUGGUAGGACUCCUGGGGAAAUGCUUUGGAGAGUGCGCAGUCUUUAGCGGGAGGCCCUUCCCCUGCCUGCCUUGCGCAGAGGGUGGCUUUGGGGGCCCUUGCAUUUGCACUAGGCUUCUGUUGUGAACUGUGGCAGGCACAUUCCUUAGGAUAAAUGCAACCAAUACGGCCCAUAGGUGAAAGGAGAAGAAAAAAAAAUGAUUACAGAAGAGUUUUAAAAAUGUGUUUUGUUAUUAUUGCGAAGGCAAGGCUGUUGUCCUGCCGAGGACAGGGACCUUGCCUUACAUAGCAAUGUGCGUUGAUCUCAGUGAGAUGGUUCUAUUUCUUGUUCUCUUACCUGAGAAUAUUACAGCAGGAAAAACUGUUUUGUUUGCCUCACCGUGUUAAUACAUGCUCACCCGACGUGCGUGCGUGCAUGCCUCUCCUCUCUCUCUCUCUCUCUCUCUCUCUUUCUCAACGACAACGACGGCCCUUGUACAGCGCUAGGUAGGCCCCUCCACUGCUGCUCUCCCCUCGCCUCUUCUGUUCCUCCUCCGCUUUUUCUUUCGCGUUGUCGUCGUUUCCAGUCCUGGUUGUGUGUGUUAACCAGAAAAGGCAUAGUGGAAUCACCUGGUUAGUUGCAUUUUAAAAAAUGUUUACUAAUUCUGCUUUGUUAAUUGUUAAAUACGUUCUUUUCUGGGGUUGUUUUUAUUGCUCUGGUGUUGGGAGAAAAACCCCUCCUGGCAUCCUUCUGUGGGGGUUUUGGCUUGGUUUUUGUUUUUUCAUGAGACUUCAUGAAGUCACGAAUUUGCAAAAUCCUUGCAAUAAGCACUGACUUUUGAACUGAAACAGAAGAAGGAAGUUGUUUCUCGUGUGAUGAUGCACCUGAAGUCCUAUCCAGUCAUGUACUGCUCCUGCUCUUGCUCCCUGCCAGGAAAAGAGGACCGGACCGGCCCAGGCUUCCUUUUCCCUCCCAGCCCCAGCCACCCUCCCUCUGUGUUUGUUGUCUCUUGUUCUGCUGAAAUGACAGUCCUUGGAUCUUGCAGUAGCGUUUCAGUUGGGUUUUUUUAUUGAAAGUGCUCAGAUUUUUUUUAAUGUUUCCAGAAACAAUAAAAAACAACCAUUUUCUAUCAA